AACCCGAGGUCAGCCAACGAUCGACACCCGUUUCAUUGCUGUCGUGCCGUUAUCCAAGCCCAGUCGAAGCCAGGCACUGUCUCACCCAGUCUUUGCCGCCGAUGGAUAUUACUCUGUGCAAGCAAGGCCAGGCAUGUCACAACUCGCAGACAGACACGGUCCAAGAACACUCGACUGCGCAAGGGGUUGCAUUCUCCCACGGCGCAAACAUAGCCGCCGCCUACCUUGAGCAGCUCGCUGUCGCAGUCGUUCGUCCCGCUCCAAUCUGUUCAGAUUGUCUGGAGAUUUCCUCCCCUGAUGGCGCCCAUGGUGACGUUUUCCAUGCCGUACCUCAACGUUCCCCUCUGCACCAAACAUCCACCGAUGUGCACGUCGUCCCGAUGCCUCCAUUCAGAUUGCUCAGCUUCACAAGUUCCUGCAAGCACAAGGCAGGUCGCAGGAUGUUCCCGAGAUUCGAGCGAUUCCCCAGGUAUCCAUCCAUUCCACCCUGUAACCCGUCCCAUCCUUCCAUCCAUCCACCCAUCCAUCUACAACUACACAGUACCUGGACAAGAACGGGCCAGCCACGCCCCCUCAUUGCCUUCGACACGCUGAUGGAUGAGGUGUGCCGAAACCAUUUAACCCCGCAUCAGGACGGCACCAGACAGACGCGACAGACAAUGCGCCUGGCUUCGCAACCACGGCCUCCCGUUAGUGAAAUCCCCAAAUCCUCAUUGGCGCGUUACCUUCCCCAGCCAGGGACAACGCCGCUUGGAUGGGAGGGUGGGAAGCUUUUUAGUCGUCCUUCUCGUCUUUGGGGCUUGGGGGGGCUGUCCAAUGGUCGACUGACCGACCGACCGAACCGACUGUGACCCUGUGUGAGAACUGGCAUACCGACAAUGCCUUCGAUGUACUGUGUCGGAAGGUACUUGUCUGGUCAUCAACACCAAGUAUCUCUCCUCCAUGUCGUCUCGGACACCAGGAUCAGCCAAGGUAGUAUGUGGCACAAGGCAUGUGUCUCUCUCAUAAAUAUAUCGACACCACUGCCUCGACU